AUUCGUGGUUACCGGAACGUAUUUUCUCCGUGGUUUCAUCUUAUUGUGUUGGAUUUCAGGGAUCCGUUUUCAGUAGGAAAUGAAGGCACUGAUUCUCGUCGGUGGGUAUGGGACUCGACUACGGCCCCUAACUUUGACGCAGCCGAAGCCGUUAGUGGAAUUUGCAAACAAACCAAUGAUGUUGCACCAAAUCGAAGCUCUUGCUACCGUCGGAGUUACUACCGUUGUGCUAGCGGUCAGAUGACAUCUAUAGGGCCUCAUGAACAAGUAAUUAUCUUGCCAAUCUAUCGCGCCGAACAGUUGGAGCAGGAGAUGAAGGUUCAUGCGGAGAGGUUAGGAAUCCAAGUGCAUUUUUCACUUGAAGAGGAACCAUUGGGAACUGCAGGGCCGCUCGCUCUUGCAAGGCAAUACCUCGAUGGCGAAGAGCCCUUCUUUGUAUUGAACUCCGAUGUCAUUUGUGACUUUCCAUUCCAAGAAAUGAUUGACUUUCAUCUAUCUCAUGGUUGUGAAGGCACCAUAGCAGUUACCCAAGUCGAAGAGCCUUCGAAGUAUGGAGUGGUGGUCUUCGAUGAACACAAUGGUAUGAUAGCUGAGUUUGUGGAGAAACCUCAAGAAUACGUAGGAAACAAAAUCAACGCCGGUCUCUAUAUAUUCAGCCCUUCAAUACUUGAUCGAAUUUCUCUUCGUCCGACGAGUAUUGAGAAGGAGAUCUUCCCAAAAAUGGCCGAUGCUGGCACUCUUUUCGCUUUCGUUCUCUCUGGGUUCUGGAUGGACGUAGGACAACCAAAGGAUUUCCUCAAAGGGAUGUCGCUAUUCUUGGAACAUAAGCGCCGAACAGAACCUUCAGUGUUAGCUAAAGGUGAAUCUGUUCAAGGCAAUGUUUUGAUAGAUCAAACCGCAACAAUUGGAAAUAACUGCAGGAUUGGUCCAAAUGUGGUAAUUGGACCGAGAGUGCUAGUGGAGGAUGGCGUUUGCUUACGCCAUUGCACAGUGUUGUCUGAUUCUAUCAUUCGGACACAUUCGUGGAUAAACCAAAGCAUUAUUGGACGAAAAUGCUCUAUAGGGCGGUGGGUGCGCAUUGAGAACAACAGUGUGAUUGGAGAUGACGUGGUUGUAAUGGAUGAACUCUACCUAAACGGAGCCCAGGUUCUAGCCAGCAUGGCACCACAGCUAUUAUCGUUUGUUCCAUCCUCAACUGCCUAUGAAAUGAACUCGAUAGCUGGCUCGGUGGAGGCAGAGGAUUGGUUGGACAUAUCGGACUCUCUCUCCCUACCUUCACUUUCAUUAGAUGAUGUGCUCAAUGAGGUAAGCCAACUUGACGAUGACCUGCUGGAUGGACGCUUGUCUGGAAGUGUUGAUCAAAUCAGUCCGCCACCAGCCGCCGCCUCCACAAGUUAUAAGUUGGACAGCGCCGUUAAAACUGAACGACUAGAUUCGAUAUCUCAUCAGUUGGUCUCUUUUCGAGCUAAGCAUGGUUCUGCAGUCGCGGUUGCGUGCAGUGGAGGAUAUACUGCAGUAGCGACUAGCAAGGGCUCGUUAUUGCUUUUUGAUGCGGAGGGACGCCUGGAGCGUUUUCGUCAUGGAGGCGAGUUAGAAGGCUCAGCAUCUUGUGUCGCGUUUUCCAGUGGCGGAGGGCAUAUCGCUGUUGGGUACAGCAAAGGAUUUGUAAAAAUCAUUAACACAAAAACUGGCGCUGUAGAAGAGUUGAUCCAGGAAGCGGUACAAAUAGGUCGGGGAGUACUGCAGAUACUGUAUCUCGGUUCACGCCGUACUAUUCUAACUCUCGACAGUGGUGGAUCGGUUUUUGAAAUCCACACACGACAGAGGUUUCGGCUCGCAGGAAAAUCGCGUUUCUUUUUGAAGAUUCGAUGCGUGUUUUCUGGAUGCAAUGGAGAAGUUAUUCACAUGCGUUUGCUACCCUAUUCUCUGCUAGCUUUGCUGACAGUCUCUAAGAUUUUAAUCGUUUCCACUCGUCUGGGUGGAUCAGUAGUUUGCGUAUUUCCUAUGGAGACGAGCCCAAGCUUUCCACCUUUGCUGGACUUCAUUGAAGAGAACAAGGCCACUAAUGGGGAGCGCAGUAUGUUACGCAUUUGCGUAGGACGUGGGAACGUUUUGAGCAUAUUCAGGCUCAAUCCACAACACAUCGGCACAAAGCGAAAGGCGGUCGUGUUCGUCCAUAAGGUUCAAUUAGCUCAGUCCAUUGUGAACUUUGGUUUCCUUACGAAGUCCUAUUUGGUCGCGUUCGAUGAGAAAGGGGCUUUUUCAACAAUAAGAGAUGACAAACAGGUGUCUUCUCAGAGCAGCUCACCAUGCAGGAUACCGCUGUUGUUCUCAACGUCAGACUUCAAGGGUUUAACUACUGGUGGUAAUGUGAGUCCAGCUAUGCAAUGUUUGGCAGAGAGGGCAUGCUACCAGUCACUUUGCCGAAAAGGCUCUUCUGAUUGCCUAAUUGCGCUUUCUCAUGACGAGUUGUUUGAACUGACACUUAUAACUGAGGAUGAUCAGUUGGAGUUGUUCAACUCGAGAAAAGAGAUAUGCACAUUUAUUUAUUGUGGCGAACGUAAAUUCGUGGAUCUCAUUAACUGCUAUAUACGUGAUGCAGAUAACGAGGGGAUAUUUUCUGUCAUCCGUCGAAUCCUUCACACUGACCUAACCCAACAAGAGUAUCAGGAGGUGUCACAAGUUGUGUGCCAGCUUAUCCCUCAAUUGGCUGCCGUAAGUGCCAGAGAAUGUGCCGAUCUUGUGAUUGAUUGCUUUCCAAACUAUCUCUUGAAUCUUCGUUCGCACACGACAGAGGAAAGGAUGGCAAGCUAUCCCUUGUUGAAGGCUGCAUUCGAAAUCAAGCGUGAGCGACAAGAAAAUUUCUUGCAAAUGGACGAGGACGUUGAAGAGCAUCUCUUUGGCACUGUGUUUGAAGGCCUGGUCAAGGAACAAGUCGAGAAUUUGGACAGCACCUUGCAGUUAAUUGGUAUUCCAGUGCUUUGGUUGGACAAGGGUUUAUCAUUCUGUAGCCGGCAUACAAGUUCCGCUCAUUCAAAAGGGUGGCUCAUUCGAAUUAUGCGCACGGUCACACGAGCUGUCGUUGAAAACGAUACUGCAGACAUGGAGUUUCGUCUUCAGUCGUUAGCAGGUGGCAUACUGGAAAACGGCUCUGAACACUCCCUAGAGCUAGUGGAAUGCCUCUUGGACUAUCCUGCGUUCAAGAAUGGACGUUUUAGUGACUACGCGCCGUUGAUUAACAAGAUACUUGGGACCUGCUCACAUGAAACAUUCCUCAUCAACCAGCUCCUUAUGUGCAUUGAUGAGGAGAGCACCGAACAACUCUCCUCUUUGCAAAAGCUAUUUUCCCGAAAAAUUGGCGAUUUCAUCGAAGAUGAAUGCAUUCAAUGUCGGUCAAGCGUCACUAAAGCUGCAUAUCUUUUCAGCUGUGGACACUUUAUUCACAUGGAAUGCGACAACGGAAGCCGUAAAUGUCCUUGUGUCAACGAAGUAACAAAAGCGAUUCGACCAACGUCGAUUCGACAUGCAUAUGUCCAUGCUAAGGCCACGGUAUCAGCAGAAAUUCCAGACGACUAG